AUGGCUGCUUCAUCUGCCACGUCAUACGAGUACAUUCUAGCCAUCACACAUUUCUUCGGAUUCACUACAGUACUCCUAAACGGCUAUUUUUUCAACACUUUUCGAGAUGGCCUAACUUGGCCCACAAAACAGCAACAUGAUUAUUAUGGAAUUCAAUUUCACGGAUUUUUGAUGGUGCUGGGAUUUGUGUUUUUUCAGGGAGAAGGUUGGUGGAUUUUCAGCUUUUUUCGGGAAAAUUCUGAAAUUUUUGAAUUCUUCUUGAAAUUUCCGAUUUUUUGACACCAAACACGGUUAUUUUUGGAUAAUUUUGCAAAAAAAUUCGAAAUUUUUCGAAGAAAAAGGUCAGGGGAUCGAUCCCCGGUGCCUGCGAGAAUUUUUAUUUUUUUUUGAAAAUAUAUCAUGUGACCACUUUUCUAGUUCAGAAUUUUAAGAGGAACUCGAAAUUUUCCAUGAAAAAGGUUAGGGGUUCGAUCCCCGGUGCCUGCGAGAUUUUUAGUUUUUUUUUUCGAAAAUAUAUCAUAUGACCAGAAUUUCAAGAGGAAUUCAAAAUUUUCCCAAGAAAAAGGUCAAGGGUUCGAUCCCCGGUGGGAACUAAUUAAAAUUUUUUUUUUUGCAGCUCUUCUCUCCUACCGUAUCUACCGCUACGAGCCGAAAAUAAUAUCAAAAUUAAUCCAUGGAAUUCUGCAUUUUCUGGCAAUUUCUCUCGGAAUCACUGCGCUAAUUGCAAUUAUAAUUAACAAAAAUCUGGGUGGAAACAAGCAUUUCUACAGUAUCCACAGUUGGAUCGGUGUAUGUCUGCUCACCGUGUAUAUUCUUCAAUUCACCUUCGGAUUUUUCACAUUUUUAAUGCCGUGUGCUUCGGUGAAACAUCGUGCACGACUUAUUCCGAUUCAUCGUGCGAUUGGAGCGAGUUUGCUCAUUUUAGCCGCCAUUCAAUGUGUUGUGGGAUAUGUUACGUUUUUGAGCUUUGAUACACUGUGAGUUGAUUUUUGUGGGAAAUUAUUGAUUUUUUUGGAUUCCUCGUGAAAUUCUGAAUCGAAACAUUGCUCAUAUGAUAAAUUUUACAAAAAAUAAAAAAUCUCGCAGGCACCGGGGUUCGAACCUGUGACCUUUUUCUUGGAAAAUUUUUGAUUUUUUUGGGUUCCUCGUGAAAUUCUGAGUCGAAAGAGUGGUCACAUGAUAUAUUUUCCAAAAAAUAAAAAAAAAAUUUAGAAUAGUUCCCACCGGGGUUCGAACCCUUGACCUUUUUCUUCGCAAAAUCAUCCAAAAAUAACCGUAUUCGGUGUCAAAAAAUCGGAAAUUUCGAGAAGAAUUCAAAAAUUUCAGAAUUUUCCCGAAAAAAUCUGAAAAUCAACCAACCUUCUCAAAUUCUGAUUCGAAAAAGUGGUCAUUUUAUAUAUUUUCCAAAAAAAAAUCUCGCAGGCACCGGGGAUCGAACCUGUGACCUUUUUCUUGGAAAAUUUUGAAUUCCUCUCAAAAUUCUGAAUCGAAACAUUGCUCAUAUGAUAUAUUUUCCAAAAAAUUAAAAAAAAAUUUCAGAAUAGUUCCCACCGGGGUUCGAACGCCUGACCUUCUGCUUGGAAAAAAUAUAUCAUGUGACCACUUUUCUGAAUCAGAAUUUCAAGAGGAAUUCAAAAAUUUUCAUGAAAAAGGUCACAGGUUCGAUCCCCACUGCCUGCGAACUUUUUUUUUUGAAUUUUUGAAAAAACCCGGGCAUGUUUGGUAUCAAAAAAACGCGCGCGAAAAAUUCAAAUUCAAAUUUUCACAUUACAGACCGUGCUUCUCAACUCUCUCCUGCAAUAAUCGUAUGGAAUAUGUGGCCUCAUUUGCAGUUUUGACCCUAAUUCUCUACACUUUGCUGGUUCUCGCGCUGAUAAUUCCACAAUCUUGGAAACGCCAAAAAACACCGGAUGAAAUUAAGUAA